AUUCGAGGUGAUAGAAAGAGGCAGAGAGAGAUGGGCAGCGCCACCACUGUGUCGCCGGUAAUGAAUUGUGGACAUGGUGACUAUGGCUACGACAGAAACUCGUACUAUCAGAGAGAAUGCGCAAACCUUCAAAAGGGAAAAAUUGAGGAGGUGAUCAAAGAGAAACUAGAUUUGAAGAAAUUCUGCUCCACUUCAAACACAAUUCGCGUUGCAGAUUUGGGAUGUUCAAUUGGACCAAAUACCUUCAUUGCCAUGCACGAUGUAGUAGAAGCCAUGAAACAAAAGCUCCAGUCCCAAUUUAGUCCUUCCUCCAAAAUGUCCGAAUUCCAAGUGUUCUUCAACGAUCAACCGUCCAAUGAUUUCGACACCCUUUUCACCUCUCUCCCCAAAGAAAGACCCUACUUUGCCGUUGGUGUUCGGGGUUCCUUCCACGGCCGGUUGUACCCGGAAUCCUCUGUCCAUUUUGCAUUUGCCGCUCAUGUACUUAAUUGGCUCUCAAAAGUACCGGAGGAGCUGCUAGACAAGAAGUCUACCGCGUGGAACAAAGGGAGGGUUCACUACACAAAUGCGCCAAAAGAAAUGGUUGAUGCUUACAAACGUUAGUUUUUUGAGGAUAUGAAUAACUUCUUGAAUGCCAGAGAGAAAGAGAUUGUGGCCUGAGGUAUGAUUGUUCUAAUUUUGCCUUCAAACCGGCAUGAGCAACCUGAUUCCGAAAUUCCCCUGGGAGUUUCUUCCGACUUAAUGGCAUCUGUUCUCAUGGAUAUGGUGAAAGAGGGACUAGUGGACGAGAAUGAAGCGAAUUCCUUCAA